AUGCAGGAUUCCGGCGAGGUGGAGGUGCUGGAAGACGUGAUGGAGGAGGAGCAGGAUGAACUGGUCCCCAACCCGUUCUACCCGGCCCCCGUGGUCACCCCUCCCGAUGUGACCGUCGAGAUGGAGGAGGAGGCCGUGCUGGCCGCUGAAGCAGAGGAGGCCGAUGAGGAGGCAAUACCUGCUAAGUCAGACUCGAUCGAGUCCGACGAUGGAAACGCGAGCGAAGCUGACGAGUGGAGCGACGAAGGGGAUGAAUGGUGGGCCCCUGGUCGCUAUGAGGGGGCAGAGGUAGAGGAGUGGGUGGCAGGUCUCUUUUGUGCAGCAGCAAUGCACGAUUCCAUUUCUCAAGGCAAAGAGCUAAUGUUUGAUGUUUUCCGUCUUGAUUAUUUCACACAGCAGCAUGGCAGCAACAUGUCACUGCCACUGUCCCACUUCCCCUUUCAAAUUCAAAUUCAUACGCCGUUGUUCCCACCCCCUUAUGGUAUCUCCACAUUACCACAUGGCAGCUCCCUUUUCGCUCUGCGGGUCGUGGUGCGACACCCGAGGGCCAUUUUGGCGCACGGUCAUUACAUUGAUGACGUGGCGGAUGAUAGCCCGUCACUGCCUGGUUGGACGCAGCUCGAUGAUGGCUCUGAGAAUGUUGCCUGCACCAUUCCAUCAUUCCACGCUAUUCUUGUCCGCACUCCCGACAACCCUUCCAUGCACACUUACCUACAUGCCGCUUCUUGA